CCUCCUCUCUGAAAUCAGUAAAAACACAUUUUUAUUAUAAAACAACAACAGCAUGGCUCCCUCGGUGUUGGCAGGCCUGCUCUGUGCCCGCUCAGCCCUUCCCCAAGGGGCUGGCCUGCUCCGGGCGCAGGCCUCCGGGCGGCGGGAGCUGGGCCUGCGGUCCCCGGGCCAUUCCCACCAGGGCCCCGCCCUCGAGGGGAGAAGCCCUUGGCCCCCGGGGAGCACCCCGACAACCCGCAGAAUUCUCACAAACACUGGGACCGGGACGGAACCCUGUGGUCACAGUGCCCCGGGCCGCCGGCUCCCUGGCUGGCAGAGAUGCCAGAGGGCCAGGCCCCGCCGGGCAGCUCCCGGCGGCACCGCGCGGCCCUCAGGCGGCACCACGCCCAGCUGCUGGAGACGGAGACGUCGCCCUCCGCCCUGUCCUUCCACUGGAAGGAGGAGCUCCUGCUGCGGAGGCAGCUGGGCCUGCUGGACGCCAUGAAGAAGCGCGAGGCCCGCGCCCGGCUCACGGAGCAGAAAGCCUUCUACUGGCGCAGCCACGCGCAGCUGCAGCGGGUCGAGCUGGCCCACGCCCGGCUGCGGGGCGACCGGGACCUGGUCCAGCGGCUCAGCUGGCCCACCCGGUGGUCCUACCCCUCGGGCCCCUCGGAUGAGAGCGGGGCGGCCGUGCAGGCCAUCCUGCAGGGCCGGCUGGGAAGCGAGGGCGCGGGGACGCGCCACUGCAGCCAGGAGGCCCCCCAACACCCCGCGCCCAUCGGGGGAGGACAGCCAGGGGAGCAGGGGCCCCGGGCGGCACCCAGGGGUGUCACCGAGGCCGAGGACCCAUGGUGGGUCCUCCCCGUCGAAGCCCAGAGCCGCCCGGAGCCCUCGGCCCAGCCGAGCAAGCCCCCUGGGCAGACUCCCCCCCAAGCCCAUGAGGCCGGCCGGCAGCCGGAAGGCAAGCUGCUGCUGUACGUGAUGCACGGGGAGCUGGACGCGGAACCGCCCGAGAGGAAAAGGCCGAGGCCCGGGGAGCGUGCCAACGCCCGUCCCCACCGUCCCCACCGCGACAGUGCUCCCCGUGACCGGCUCUCAUGUCUGACCUCACAAUAAACACCGUCAGACGAGAACCAGCCGCCUUGUCCCGCGGCCCCGCGCCCCCGGGUGAGCCCCGGGGCCUUACCUUUGCUCACGGUGUGCACGGAGCCCGCUGACCCGGCCGGCUGGUGCAGAGGCCCUGGCGAAGCCCUUCCCGCCGGAGACCGGGCUGCGCGCGGGAACCGGGAGCCGAGGGUUGGACCAGACGACCUUCGGCCCUCAGUGUCCCCGGGGCAGUGCCUGCUCUGUGUCCCACAAGCAGGUGAGGCGAGAGGAGCACCGUCAGGCCCUUGUUCCCGCUUCUCUCUGAAAACAGCACCACGCUUGUUAUUUUUUAAACUAGAAGCCAGAUUCACGCACCAGUGGGGUUCCCCGGCCUGGCCUGCAGGGAUCAGGCUGACACCGGCUCUCGGACAUCCCCCAAGGGGCCCCCAACUGCGAGAAGGUAGCUCUCCGGUGCUGCACCCUGCAUAUGGCUCCCUCCUCUCUGCUUCCCCGAACGGAAUGUCAGCGAGAAAUGCAGCUGCCACAUCACCGCAGCUGCAGCUCCUGCAGAGCGUCUGCCCUCUGGUGGCCAGUGCGCGUCACAGCUACUUUUGUGUACACGUAUACAUUGGGAUGGCACUGGCGGAGAUGACAUGGGUUUUAGGUGCAUAGUCCCAGGGUACAGCAUGUCUGUCUGGUCUUCUUCCCUCACUGCUUAUCCCCUUCCCCUGCUCCUACUCAAGUCCUUUUGUGGUUACCCAGAUGGUCCGGGGCAGGUAGAUGGAGGAAGUGGUGCUUUUACAUGUGAGUGAAUGCCAGUGGGGCUCUCGGGAGAUACUGUGGGCGUUUUUCCUGGGUGUUGUGUUUCCAGGUGUGUUUUAAGGACCUACUUUAACAUCUUCACCCUCUUCUCCCCCUACCCCCUCUGAUAGUCUCCAUACUAUUUGGGUGUUUUUCUUAAUCCCUUCACCUCCCCCACCUCUCUCUCUCUCUCUCUCUCACACACACACACACACACACACCUCAUCUGUCUGACACACCUGUGUGAGUGGGUUCUGUUCUGCGUGAGCCUUAGCUGUCAGAUUCCCCGUGGAAGUGAAGUCACAGAUGCCAUUCUCCGGCUUAUGUCACAGGGCUCAGGGCCGCUGGGGGGGCCCCAGUCCACCGUGCGCCCUUUCCUCGUUCCCUUUAUCUGUCGAUGGACACGGAGGUGGCUGGCGCCGUGAGUGUGUGGAUGUGUGUCUGCUCAGGGCAGUGUUGGGGGUUGCUUCCGGUGACGACCCACAAUGCAAUGCUGGACCCGUGGUUCUCGGGUUUAAGGUCUGUCUCGCCCAGGAAGCAUGCCACCCCUGCCUUUCCUCCGUUCCCAGAAGACCCCUGCGGUGCCCUUACAGUCCCGUUUCCUAUGGGAAGCGAGUCUCUUGCAGGCAGCACCCCUAAGGGCCUUGUUCUCCGCCCCCCCCCCCCAUGCCUUUGAUCGGAGCAUUAACGUCUGCAUCUGGAGGAGGAGGUUCCUUUGGCGGCCCAUCCCUCGCCUGGCAGAGGCGGACCACGGAGGAGCGGCCGGGCCGGACCUGAGACAUCAAAAGCUGUCUGGAAUGCAGACUAUUCGAACAUUGGAAAAAGUCUGUCAAUGAACAUUCUGAAAAGGACAAUCUGCUUACACCGUGAGGUGGACUCGUCGAAUAUGCAGAUCUGGAUCUCCCUCUCUAGGUCUGAUAAAGGCCCCGGCGGGGAGCACUCACCCGGACCAGCGCGUCGUCGAUGAUGUGGUCGCGCCGCACCUUGAGCCGCAGGUAGGGGUUCAGCUGCUGGCCCUGCACCAGGCUGUAGAGC